UAUUUCUAAAAUUUAAUGAUGUUGAUCAUUUCCUGGUAAAUCAUCUCAAUGCCGAACUCUUGUAUAUCCAUACUUCAUAGCUUUUUAUAAAAUUUAUGGAAUUUUUAUGCAAUACCAACAUUUAUAAGUUGAACAUGCACAACUAACACGUACAUGGAAGUGACGUUAUAUAUUCAUUUUUUAAAAAUUUGAAUUUUUCGUAAUUUCAAAUUUAAUUACACUGUAAAAAAUUAGCGGAGUAAAUGCAGAGCGGAUGACUGUUUAUUUAUUUAAUUCAAUUUUUUAUAAUCUUAAAAUAUAAAUGAAUUAAUUCAAUAAAAUUUAAUCUAAAUAUACGGAGAAAAAAUUAUAGAAACUCUUCUUAUGGAUACACGGCGAUGGGUCUCAUAUUAAUAUAGAAAAGGUCGUUCGUUUUUAUACAAGAUAUAUGAAAACCAUUUCCAUAACAUUAUAGGAAUAGUAUCCUUGCAUACAGAGACAAUUUCUACGCUUAUAAGAAUAAUUCAUAUGCAUACACGUGAAUAAUUUACAUAAUUUACUGGAACCGUUCCGCCAAUUUUUGCUCCCUGAUUUCUUCUUUUUAAACAAAACAUAAAAAUAAAAAUUACCCGCGCAACAGACUGAUCAUGCGCACUGUCAGAAAAUUAUAUUAGAAUAAUGUGAAUAUUAAUGAAAAUGAUUCGGCUUAAUUCUAUUAUUUAUCGCAUGCAAAUAAAUUUAAUAGAAGUUUCACAACUUGAAUACAGUGUUACAAUAUUAGCCAGUGGAAAUUUAAAUCUGGUAUUUUAAUCGCAUUAUAAAAGAAAUAAUUUUGGAUUUAAAAUUCAGUUUCUUAUUUUUUUGAAGCAAAUUCAUAUUUAAUUAAAUUAAAUUGAAUAUAUAAUAUAUUAAUUAUGAAGAAAAUUAUUAUAUUUGGUUCCACUGGUAUGACUGGUCUUUGCGCAUUAGAUCAUGCAAUUAAAAAAGGACAUGAAAUAACUGUUUUUGUAAGGGAUGAAAAAAAAAUUCCUGAGCACGUUAACGGCAAAGUAAAAACAGUAGUUGGAAAUGUUAUCAAUUAUGAACAAGUAGAGAAGGCUAUGAUUGAUCAGGAAGGAGUUGUAGUUGUUUUGGGAACGAGGAAUGAUUUGAAACCUACGACUGAAUUGUCUGAAGGGAUGAUAAAUAUAAUUAGAGCUAUGAAAAAAAAUAAUGUACAGUUGGUAUCAGUUUGUUUGUCGGCAUUUUUAUUUAGACCACCGGAAAGAGUUCCAAAAAUAUUUGUAGAUUUAAAUGCUGAUCAUCAGCGAAUGUUUGAUGCUAUCAAAGACAGCGGACUCAACUGGAUUGCUGUUUUGCCACCUCAUAUUUCAAGUUUACCAAACUUUAGUUAUAUUAUCAAACAUGAUGAAUCUCCGGGUCAUAUUAUUUCAAAAUAUGGAUUAGGUGAAUUUUUAGUUGACAGUCUAGACCAACCAGAACAUUAUCAAAAAGUCUGUGGGAUUGCUAUUAAUUUUACACAACUCUGUCGUAUACAAUAAAUUUUUUUUUUUCAAUGGAUUUUAUGACAUAAAAUUAUUUAAAUGGAAAAUGAAAGAAAAAGGGGUUGAAUGCUGGUUUUUCACUGUAAGUUUAUUUGCUUACAUAAAAUUUUUUAGCUUCCAUUUUGUUAGCUAAUUAAUAAUUGUAAGUCUCAAAAUAAAGUUUAAUUAUUACUAUGAAAUUUCGAAAGAAACAAUUUUUAGAGGUUAAAUUUUCAAUGGGAUUGAAGACUGGGUGCUUUAUUUUAUGACAAUAAAAAUAAAUAAAAACAUUUUUUUGUAAUUGAAAUAUCUAAUUUACUUUAUGAAUGGAAUCAUCAUAAUUAAGAAAAUUGAAAGCAUAAUUAAUAUAAAAUCAUCAGGUAAAAAUUGACCCACAACUUGGGAUCUAUGAGAACAUCUAUACAUACCAAAUAUCUUAAAUAUUGCCAUACACAUUGUGAAAUAUAGUACUCGAUAGUAUACAAACUUCACCCAGCGAGAGAAUGAACCUCGGAAAUCGCUCCCACCAUCAAACAUUUCUAAACUGCGCAUGCGCAAAGAUGGGGAAUAUUUAGUACAGAGAACACUUAGAGUGGGAGUAAAAACCGAAAAUCUCUGUUCAUUCUCUUUUCGGGACAAUUUUGCAUAUGAAGUACGGAGUACUAUUUUUUCUACGUACAUGGUAAGAAUUUGUAGUAUGGUUAAAUGUUUUCAUAGAUAACCUUAAUUAUCUAUGUCGUUCGCUAAGUCGAUAAUUUUAUCCAUUUUUUUCAAAUAAUUGUCUAUAUCCGUA